GGCGCAGAGCACCGGCGGCGGAGCCCCAGCCCCGGCCCCGGCUCCAGCCCGCGCCGCCGCCUCUCCCGGGCCGAGCCCGGCGGGCGCUCGGAGCGUCAAGGCGCGCGGGCCGCUCCCUGGGUCGCGGGGGGCUAGCGGGGGUCCCGGGGGCGGGCGGCUAAAAUGAGUGAAAGGAGAAGAUCUGCAGUCGCCCUGAGCUCGCGAGCACAUGCCUUCUCUGUUGAAGCCUUGAUCGGCUCGAAUAAAAAGCGGAAACUGCGAGACUGGGAGGAGAAGGGGCUGGACCUGUCCAUGGAGGCGCUGAGUCCCGCAGGCCCGCUCGGAGACGCCGAGGACGCGGCGGCGCACGGCCUGGAGCCGCACCCGGAUUCUGAGCAGAGCACUGGGUCGGACUCCGACGUGCUCCCUGAGCACACGGCCUGCUCCUUCAGCACUCCUGCGGAGCUGGUCCCCGGAGCAACUGGCCCUGGGCCUGCCACCGCCAUGUCAUCCAUGGAGGAGAUCCAGGUGGAGCUGCAGUGUGCUGACCUCUGGAAGAGGUUCCAUGAUAUUGGAACCGAAAUGAUUAUCACCAAAGCAGGCAGGAGGAUGUUUCCUGCCAUGCGAGUGAAAAUUACUGGCCUCGAUCCUCACCAGCAGUACUACAUCGCGAUGGACAUUGUGCCUGUGGACAAUAAAAGAUACAGGUAUGUGUAUCACAGCUCAAAAUGGAUGGUGGCUGGCAACGCAGACUCUCCCGUACCGCCCAGGGUUUACGUGCACCCUGAUUCUCUGGCUUCUGGAGACACCUGGAUGAGGCAGGUGGUCAGCUUUGACAAACUCAAGCUGACCAACAAUGAACUGGACGAUCAAGGACAUAUCAUCCUGCACUCUAUGCACAAAUACCAGCCUCGAGUGCACGUGAUCCGGAAGGAUUUCAGCAGCGACCUCUCACCCACCAAGCCCGUCCCCGUCGGGGAGGGGGUGAAGACGUUCAACUUUCCCGAGACUGUGUUCACCACCGUCACGGCCUAUCAGAACCAGCAGAUCACCAGAUUAAAAAUUGACCGAAACCCUUUUGCUAAAGGAUUCAGAGAUUCUGGAAGAAACAGAACUGGACUUGAAGCCAUCAUGGAGACAUAUGCAUUCUGGAGGCCUCCGGUGCGCACUCUCACCUUUGAGGAUUUCACCACCAUGCAGAAGCAGCAAGGGGGCAGCACUGGCACGUCCCCCACCACCUCCAGCACCGGGACGCCAUCCCCUUCAGCUUCUUCUCAUCUCUUAUCUCCAUCAUGCUCUCCUCCGACUUUCCAUCUGGCCCCCAACACUUUCAAUGUGGGCUGCCGGGAGAGCCAGCUGUGUAACCUCAACCUCUCCGAUUAUCCACCCUGUGCCCGGAGCAACAUGGCUGCCUUGCAGAGCUACCCGGGCCUGAGUGACAGUGGCUACAACCGGCUCCAGAGUGGCACUGCGUCGGCCACCCAGCCCUCUGAAACCUUCAUGGCUCAGAGGACUCCAUCUCUCAUCUCAGGAAUACCAACUCCUUCCUCCUUGCCCAGCAACAGCAAGAUGGAAGCCUAUGGUGGCCAGCUAGGGUCCUUCCCUACUUCCCAGUUCCAGUACGUCAUGCAGGCAGGUAAUGCAGCCUCCAGCUCUUCGUCCCCGCACAUGUUUGGGGGCAGCCACAUGCAGCAGAGCUCCUACAACGCCUUCUCCCUCCACAACCCCUAUAACUUGUACGGAUACAACUUCCCCACUUCCCCCAGGCUAGCCGCCAGCCCAGAAAAACUGAGUGCCUCCCAAAGCACUUUAAUCUGUUCCUCACCUUCCAACGGGGCCUUUGGGGAGAGGCAGUACCUGCCCUCGGGCAUGGAUCACGGCAUGCACAUGAUCAGCCCCUCACCUAACAACCAGCAGGCCGCCAACCCCUGCGAUGGCCGGCAGUACGGGGCCGUCCCAGGCUCUUCCUCUUCCCAGAUGUCAGUCCACAUGGUGUAGAGAACCAGCGCCGCCAGGACGAGGCACAGCACGGCGUCGAGACCCCACGGUCUCCCGCGCAGACCCUCCUUUUGGGAGCCCAGUGCCUUUGGGAAACAGGAACUAUAUUAUUAUUAAUUAUUAUAAUAUUAUUAUUAUUGUUGUUUCUGGAGGAGGAAAACACAUACAGAUGAACAACCAGAGACACUUUGCAGCCACUGAAGGAUGUGAGCGAGAAUCACCUGCAGCUCCGUGGCCGCCCUUGCCUUCCAAACCUGAGCUUUGAAAGCUUCGUCUGUGUCAGAGUGUCCUUGGAAGAGACUGAAUAAUCAUUUUAUAAUAUUGUUAAAGAAGAUGCUAGCACGUAGACACCAUGAAACCACACAUACACAUACACACACACAGCAUACCUACCUAUACAGAAUUCCAUGCCUACACACAUUGACACACACACUCACACCAACAUCCCGCACACUGGCUCUGCACUGGGCGAACUCUGGCACGAGGCUCAGAAUGGGUGCUUUCACCAAAAACUGGUCUUCAUACCGCACUAUGGACUGCACGCCUGUGGGGGGCUGCCAGCCUUUGUGGCGGCUCAGCCUGCGUCCUGAAGGAAGGGCGAGGCAGGACAUGGCUGCCACCCAGUGGGACUUGGCUUCCUGGAAAAUUUGAUUUUUUUGUUGUUGUUGGUUAAUGUGGACUCUACUCAUAGAUGGGCCCAGUAGUGCCUUGUGAAGAGAAGAGCUGAAGGAGACACAGACAGAGCGAGCGAGAGAGACGAGCGAGUGGGAAAGAGUGCCAAGGUCGAGACUGAGAGAGAAGGUGUGCAUGGUGAAGGGAGUUUGAACUCACUGAGGAAAGUUGUUAGGGUUUCCCCUGUCGAGGUUAUAGGAAAAAUGCUGGGGCAAUGGAGGAGCAGCUUUUCUGGGACUGUGUCUGUAGUGGGGGCAUCAGUGAGGGGCUGGAACAAGGGGUGCAUCAUUUUUUUCUUUUUUUGUGCUGGUACUGGGGCUUGAAUUCAGGGA